ACAAAAGCCUCUUUCUCUUCACGAGAGAUUGAGCACCAUGGAUUCUUCUCCUUCCAUCUAUGGUGUCUCCAAAUUGUUCUUGGUUACCCUUUUCACUCUUUCUCUUGUUCUUCAUUCCCAUUCUGCAUUUCCUCACAAUUCAUCUUCGACCUCAGGUCAGAUUAAUUCCAAUUCAAUCCUCGUUGCUCUUCUGGAUUCUCAUUAUACUGAACUCGCUGAACUCGUCGAGAAAGCCCUUCUUCUACAGAAACUCGAAGAAGCCGUUGGUAAACACAACAUCACCAUCUUCGCCCCAAGAAACCAAGCAUUGGAGCGUGACCUUGAUCCUGAGUUCAAGCGCUUCUUGCUCGAACCACGUAAUCUCAGGUCACUCCAAACUCUUUUGAUGUCCCACAUUAUCCCCAACCGAAUCGCCACCCACCACUGGCCCUCCUCCGACCUCCGCCACUUCACCCUCUCCGACCGCCACCACCUCCAAUUAACCACCAACCCCUCCGGCAAGAAAAUCGUCGACUCCGCCGAGAUCCUCCGCCCCGACGACGUCUUACGCCCCGACGGCGUCAUCCACGGCAUCGAACACCUCCUUAUCCCGCGAUCCGUGCAGGAGGAUUUCAACCGGAGAAGAAACCUCCGCGAUAUCUCGGCGGUGUUACCGGAGGGAGCGCCGGAGGUGGAUCCCCGAACCCACCGCCUGAAGAAACCAGCACCGGUCCCUGCCGGAGCUCCGCCGGUGCUCCCAAUCUACGACGCCAUGGCUCCGGGACCUUCCCUAGCUCCGGCGCCGGCACCGGGACCUGGAGGACCCCGGCACCACUUCAACGGCGAGCGACAAGUGAAGGACUUCAUACACACGCUGUUGCAUUACGGCGGUUACAACGAAAUGGCGGAUAUUCUGGUCAACCUGACAUCACUGGCCACCGAAAUGGGAAGGUUGGUGUCGGAGGGUUACGUUCUGACCGUUCUUGCUCCGAACGACGAAGCCAUGGCGAAGCUAACGACGGAUCAAUUGAGCGAACCAGGAGCGCCGGAGCAGAUAAUGUAUUACCAUAUCAUACCGGAGUAUCAGACGGAGGAGAGUAUGUACAAUGCGGUCAGGAGGUUCGGUAAGGUCCGGUACGAUACCCUGCGGUUACCACAUAAGGUGAUGGCUCAAGAGUCUGAUGGGUCUGUUAAAUUCGGUGACGGUGAUGCCUCUGCGUAUCUGUUCGACCCUGAUAUUUACACCGAUGGAAGGAUCUCUGUUCAGGGGAUUGAUGGUGUUCUUUUCCCUCCUGAGGAGAAGAACGAUGAUGACUCCAACACUCAACGCUCUAGGACAACUCCACUUGUUAAAGUUGCUGCUAAACCAAGGAGAGGAAAGUUGCUGGAAGUCGCCUGUAGCAUGCUUGGAGCUUUUGGACAAGUCUGCCAAUGAAAUCGCUUUCUCAAUUAAUCGCUAAAAAAAGAAUAAAGGGUGAAUUUAUGUAAACUUGAUGAAUGCUGUAGAGUAAUCAUUUCAAUACAAAGGAUGCAUUGUGAAUCUAUAAUUAGAGAGCGAUUAAGUUGCCGGAUUUCCAUGGAAACUCAACAGGAGAUAACAAAUUUUCUCUCAUUUUGUUUCAUACUGUAAUUACAUAUCAUUUUUUUAUUAAAUUUUUAUUUUAUGUUGAUUUACUGUCUCUGUAUGCAUAAAUAACCUUGGAAUACGACACCCCUUCUUGGUUGCAUUAUUUUGUUUCUGUUUGUACGUGAAUCAAAGUCAUACAUAAUCUAC